CGCGCUCAAAAUACAUUCCGCGCGAAAAAUCACUUCAGAGACGCGGAUAAAACCGUCGACUAAACAUUAAAACAAUUACAUAUUUUUCUCUAAAUAGUUAGAAUAAUAUCAUACAUCGGUGAAAGUAAUUACAUUUUGGAUAGUUUUUUUAGGCUGGAGUGAUUGAUUAAUCACACACUCGUCAGUGAGAUAAUGGCGGCUUCAGGGAGAAAACAAAACAAGAAGACCAAACACACUGACAGCUCCACAGACUUGAAAACGUUUGACUUCAAAGAUCUGGAGGAAAAGAAAGGAAGCGGAUCUGAGGAUGAUACGAGAGAUGAAACUCCAAUCAUUGACAAGAUGACCAAGAAAAGAUCUGCAGAUGCGUUUGAUGACGAUGAACUAGUACAUCCUGGUGUGGGGAAUGAGGUUCAAAGUAUGCUGGAAAGAUUCGGUGCGGACAUCAGCAAGGCCAUGCAGACCAAAAGGAAACGCUUGGAGGUUCUCACUAAAAACUCCUUAAAAGGCAGCACUCUGAAACUGGAGCAGAUGUGGAAAUCCCAGCAGAAUCAGAGGCAGAAGCUGACACAAGAUUAUUCUCAGCAGGUGCUGUCUGUGCUUCAGCAGUGGGAGACUGAUGUUCAGAAAUCUGAGGAGCAGGAGGAGAAACUAAAUAAUUUGUUUCGCCAGCAGCAGAAGCUCUUCCAGCAGGCAAGGGUUGUGCAAAACCAAAAAAUGAAAACCAUCAAAGACCUGUAUGAGCAGUUUGUUAAGAACAUGGAGGAGAUGGAAAAAAGCCACGAAGCCUUCCUGCAGGGCACCCAGAUGGAGCUUAGAAAGGAGAUGGCUCUUCUGCAGAAGAAGAUCAUGAUGGACACUCAACAGCAGGAGAUGGCCACAGUUCGGAAAUCCCUCCAGUCCAUGCUGUUCUAAAAACAUCUUUCUGUUCUAAUGACAUCAACACAAAUGUGGUGUGGAUGACUUAACCUUGUGUUCUAAAAGGAAGGUUUCUUUUAAUGAAGAUGAGUUUAUAUGUUAUCUCUGUUUUUUCUUUUUACAUAACUUUUUUCAUUUUAAUAAACAAUUGUACUCCUGUUGUAUUAUAUAAAAUUAUCCAAAU